UUCGACGGGGUUCUUGGUUUUCUUCGAUUCAUGUUUACGCGAACAGGGUUCAAGGGUGGCGAUUUUUUGGGAAGAGGUCGGGCGGGCGGACUAGAGCACUGAAAAACAACGUCACGUAUAGCGUGUACGCCGUCGAUCACGAGCGACAUAAUAUUAUGUGAUCGUCAACAUUUGAGUUUCCUGCAAAACUCGCGUCCACGGUUUCGUGUGCGACGUCUAAAAAUAAACUUUGCGACUAGCGAUUUGACGAUAAGACAAAAGUCUCCCUGGCCGUACGAUCGAUAUGUUGAUAUUGAUGAUUUCCCAGGUCCUCUAAAGCGGAGAUUUGUAAAAAUACAUUUGGAAAUAAUCGCCGAGAACGUCUAUAAACUGGGAUGUGACCUUUUCGUUUUGCGUUAUCUCCGGCGCGUGUACGAAUGUACCUGCCGCCGUGUACACGGGAUCCGCGUUAUGUGUAGCGGCAACGUGCCGAUGUCAAAUCGUCGCGACGUGAUAAAAUCGUAAUAAAAAUAUAUUUAAUUUCGUGCAACGCGUGUUUACGACGUUUGCGUGUAGUCCACGGCUGCGGCGUGCGUCUCUCUACCUAAAACACGAUCGACGAUUAUGUCGAGAAUUAUCGAUGAUAUUAUAUUAUUAGACACCCAAACGCGACGGAAGGCCCAGCCGGACCGGUUCGGCGGGGGGUACGGGUAUCCAACGUCGUGACGACGGGGUGGUACGAGACGACCUACGGACCCGCGACGUCGGGUGGCCCAGCAGUGCAUCGCGAAUCGCGAUCGUCGUCGUCAGUGCUCAGUAGUCAGCCACUCGCUACUCGCCACUCGUCACUCGUCCGUCGCGUGCCCAUUACAAUCGCCUGCAAACAGCCGGACAGGGAUUCGUACGUCCCCGCCAAAUACAAUAUUUUCCGUUUCCGAGUGACGAGUGUGUUUUAAAUUCGUGUUUAUCGCGUUCAUAGGACCGACGACGACGACGGUCCACGUUAAAUAAUAAUAUUAAACAUAUAGCAACGUACCUAUUGUUAAUUUUUGUAAAUCGCAAUAAAUUACCAACUUUUCAACGUCCUGCUCCACUGGUCGCGACAUUGGAUAUUCGGCCUUACUAUCGAAAACUUAACGACCACUUUUGAGAAGUUUGUAGUCGGUAGUAGCAGCAGCAGCAGCAAAACUAACGUGACCGGGUCUCCGCCACAGCCAAACUUUGUGCUUACGCGAUAAUAUGGCAUUGAAUCAUCAAAGACGUACAGAUAAAUGGUGGGAAACAGAGUAUAGUGACUACAUACAUUCAUAUUUACAGUAUCAUGAAGUCAAAUGGAGGAUGGUCUAUGGAGCUAGAUCGCCACAAAUUCAUUUGCGACCUGUGUUAAUAAAAACUAUUAGAAGUAUAGCCAAGACAUGUGAAAUGUCAAAUGUAUGUGUUCACUUGGCCGUCACACUGAUGGAUUUUUUUAUGGAUAACCAUGAUCUAAAAUUUGAUACCAUCAUGCUAGUGUCGUUUGCGUGUUUAACAUUAGCUGCAAAAAUUGAAGAACAUUGCUUAAAAAUACCAAAACUAAACACCAUGCAGAAUGUCAUUAGUAAAGAUGUAACAAAUUCACACUUUCGUAAAGUAGAGAUGAAAAUUUUAAUGUUUUUCGAGUUCAAUGUUGCAGUACCUACAGUUGCACAUUUCAUUGAAUUCUAUAAAGACCAUUUUUUCUGUGAUAGUGAUUUUUAUCAUAAUGAAUUUGCAAAUAUUUUAAAAGAUAAAUUCAAUAGAAUGAUUCUCUCAUACCAGGAUGCAUCAUUGGAAAGCAUAAAACUUAUAUCUUAUAAUCCAUCAAUGGUUGCUGCGAGUAUCAUUCUAACUACUAGGCAUACAUUAGGAUUGGUUCCAUGUUGGACUCCACAAUUACGGAAAGUGACAGGAUACUUAAAAAAAGAUCUCGUGCAGUGUUGUUCUCUAUUAGGAAGAAAUGUAAUGCAGCACAGAAAGUUUGUGCCAAUAGAUGAAGGAUAUCUUAGUUCUUCUCCAGGUUUUCAAUCUCCAAUUAUCAUGGCAAGUAAAAAGAAAAGAAGUCACAUUGAUGUACCAAAUAUAAUUUUAUCAAAACGAACAGCAUUCUAAAACUUUUACAACUGUGAUAAGUUAUCCUACAAUUUAUUCCUAUCUUCCUACUUGUGUACCUUUGUUGUUUCACAGCCUAUCCUAAGUUAUUUAUUUAUUUCUACUAUUUAAAAAAAAUAUAUUGUGAUAUUUUUUCAUAAA